AUGUCUUUAACAAUACAUCGUCGUUUUGUUUUAAAUUAUUCUCUUAAUUUUUUAUCAGCUAUUUUAUUAAUUUAUGUAUCAAAAUGGCUUUUUCGUCAAUAUCCUAUUUCAAGUUUAACAUUAACUAUAAUUAAUUGUUUUCUUUCGGGAUUAUUUGCAUCGAUUAUUUUACAAUUUCUACCAAAAAUUUCAAUAAAAAAUAUUCAAACAUCAACAAAUCGAUUGAAAUCAUUAUUUCAUUUAUUUCUUAUUUCAAUAUCAUUUUCAGCAUUUAUAACAUUUAGUAAUUUAUCAUUACAAUAUAAUACUAUAGGUACAUAUCAAUUAAUUAAAUUACAAGUUCCACCAACUUUAAUGUUUAUUGAAUGGAUACAAUUAAAAUUAAAACUAAAUUCUUCAAUAUUAACUAAAGAAAAAUUUUCUCAAGAUUAUUCUUUAUCAAUUUUAUUAACUUUUGGAAUUAUUGUAUUGGAACUUUAG